AUGGACGUGGACGUGGACGUGGACGUUGACGUGGACGUGGACAUGGACAUGGACGUGGACGUGGACGUGGACGUGGACGUGAACGUGAACGUGGACAUGGACGUGGACGUGGACGAGGACGUGGACGUGGACGUGGACGUGGACAUGGACGUGGACAUGGACGUGGACGUGGACGUGGACGUGGACAUGGACGUGGACGUGGACCUGGACGUGGACGUGGACGUGGACGUGGACGUGUGGACAUGGACGCAAAAAGAGCUGGAAUCUCGUCCCAAGGUAUCUAGGAUUGUGGCAAACACGAUCGUGCUGGGCGGUCCAUGA